AUCAGGUUGCGCCGAGGCGACCCCAGGUCCCAAGUGUGACCGGUUGGAUUGAGGAGGGCUUGAGGGCCAGUCCGGGAGCAGGUUGGGGCAGGGGCCGCGGGCCCAGGACAAAAAGUUGAAGUGAGGAUGGUAGUUACUUCUGCAUCUCUGCGCCUCUGGCAGCGUCCAGGCUUUAAUGGGGCACCGGGAGGCAGUACGCUGAUUUAGCGCCUUCGUCCUGUCUUGGGGGGGCUGUCCGCGGAGCCCCUCCUGACGCCCUCAGCUGCCUCUCGGAGUGGAGGGGACACGUUGGCCGUGAAGGGCUGGACUAGCCAGGAGCCUGCGAGGGAGCUUUUCUUUCCUCCCCGUAGUCCUGGAUUGGCCCUGGCCCUGGCCUGGACUGGCGUCCCUGCAGCUGGUUUGUAGAAGUUGGGCAAACUUCCUUCGGAGCCGUCCCGUGGUGAGGAAGCAGCUGGACUGCGGGUCCAGACGAAUUCACGCAGCAAAGCUUAGGCUCCCGAGUCCUCUGGUGAGCAGUGCAAGGCCCUAAUCAUGGGAUUGGAAGCCCCAGUUGCACCCAAGGCGGAGGAGACUCCUGUGAGAGUAGCCUUGCGUGUUAGGCCCCUUUUGCCCAAAGAGCUGCUACAUGGACAUCAGAGUUGCCUGCAGGUGGAACCAGAAGAAUGUCGGGUCAUCCUAGGCAGAAACCGGUCCUUUGAUUUCGAUGUGGUAUUUGCAGAAAUGUCGGGUCAGGAAAUAGUCUACCAGACCUGUGUACAGCCCCUUCUAGAGGCUUUCUUCGAGGGUUUCAAUGUAACUGUAUUUGCCUAUGGUCAGACUGGCUCAGGGAAGACUUAUACCAUAGGAGAGGCUAGUAUUGCUUCCCUCCAUGAGGAUGAACAGGGCAUCAUUCCACGGGCCAUGGCGGAAGCCUUCAAACUCAUUGACGAGAAUGACUUGCUGGACUAUACUGUGCGCGUGUCCUACUUGGAGGUGUACAAGGAAGAGUUCCGAGACCUGCUGGAGGUGGGAACAGCCAGCAGAGACAUCCAGCUUCGUGAGGAUGACAAAGGGAAUGUGGUACUGUGUGGUGUCAAGGAGGUGGAAGUGGAGGGUCUGGAUGAAGUGCUGAGCCUCUUAGAGGUGGGCAACGCAGCUCGACACACAGGGGCCACUCACAUCAACCGCCUGUCCAGCCGUUCCCACACCGUCUUCACGGUGACCAUGGAGCAGCGCCGAGGGGCUGGCCGCCUGCCGCGCCUUCCCUCCGUGGGGCCCAUCUCCAGCCAGCUCCUCUCCUCCAAGUUCCACUUUGUGGACCUAGCGGGUUCUGAAAGGGUCCUGAAAACGGGCAGUACAGGCGAGAGGUUGAAGGAGAGUAUUCAGAUCAAUAGCAGCCUGCUGGCCCUGGGCAAUGUCAUCAGUGCCCUGGGGGACCCCCAUCGGAAGGGCAGCCAUAUUCCCUAUCGGGACUCCAAGAUCACCAGGAUCUUGAAAGACUCUUUGGGAGGAAAUGCUAAGACGGUGAUGAUUGCCUGCAUCAGCCCCUCUUCUUCAGAUUUUGACGAGACCCUCAAUACCCUCAACUAUGCCAGCCGGGCCCAGAACAUCCGCAACUGUGCCAGGGUCAACUGCCGGCGGGAGCCAGAGCACGUGGAGGAGCUGCAGCUGCAGAUCCGGAGCCUCCAGCGGGCCCUGGAGCAGCGGCACCGCUCCGAGACGCGCAUCAUCCACAGGCCCGAGCCUCUCCAGCGGCAGCCCCGGGCUCCGGAGCUGCCUGCCCGCCUGGUGGCCGAGUGCGCCCGCUACCGCGCCUGCACCGACGCCGCCUACCGCCUCCUGCUGGAGCUGCGGGGAGAAGCGGGCCUGCCCGAAGAGAUGACCCAGAAAGUCCGGGAAUGGCUUUGUGCUGUGGAGGGGGAGCGCAGUGCCCUGAGCUCUGCCUCAGGCCCUGACAGCGGCGUGGAGAGCGCCUCCGACCCCUGCCCCCGGGCGCCUGGAGCAAAGCCAUCCAAGGCUCAGGCACAAGAAGGAGAUUGGGAACAACAGCUGCUAAGCCUACAGAGCCAAGUAGCCCGCCUGGAGGAGGAGAACAAAGAUUUCCUGGCUGCUUUGGAAGAUGCCAUGGAGCAGUACAAACUACAGAGUGAUCGACUUCGAGAACAGCAAGAUGAGAUUGUGCAGCUUCAGUUGCGACUAGAAAUGACCAGACCCAGCUGGGCACCCACAGAGCUACUACAGGACUUUACUUUGAGGGACCGACCCCUUCGGCCCCAUACAGCCCCUCUGGAGGCAGCUCGCUCUCAUGCUCUCGGCAUGUCCCCAACUCCCUUAUGUCUUGAAAAUGAGAAUGGGAAUGUCUCCAAAGGAGAGCUUAUUAACAGAAAGGAAAACAGCGAUGAGGGACUAGAAACAGCAAGGCCUGAAGGUCAUUCCUCUUCACCCUCAGAGGAAGAAGAAGAGGAAGAACCCAAACGGUCCUUGUAUCUUCGAAGAAAUGGUAUUGGGAGCUGGAGCAAAAAGGAAGCUGCUGUCCAAUGGCAUGGAGAACCUCAUGGAGAGAAUAAAGUCUUGGAACUUCACCUAGAGGAGCUGGAAACUGCUGCUCACAUGGCCAGAACAGCUGGCGGGAGAAAGGAGCCAGCUGGCUGUGGGCAAGGCCCCUCCGUGAAGGCCUCAGAGUGGCGUCUGGCACAGGCCCAACAGAAGAUCCGGGAGCUGGCCAUUAACAUCCGCAUGAAGGAAGAACUGAUCGCAGAGCUGAUCCGAACAGGGAAGGCAGCCCAGGCCAUGAAUCGGCAGCACUGCCAGCGGAUUGGGGAGCUGGAGCGAGAAGCUGACCGGGUGCGAGCAGAGUUGAAUGAGGGCCAACGGCAGCUUCGGGAGCUGGAGGGAAAGGAAUCCCAGGACCCUGGGGAGAAAUCUCGGCUACAGGAAUUCCGCAAGAGGGUGGCUGCUGCCCAAAGCCAAGUACAGGUGCUGAGGGAGAAAAAGCAGGCCACGGAGCGCCUCGUGUCACUGUCAGCUCAGAGCGAGAAGCGAGUGCAGGAACUGGAGAGGAACGUGCAGCUCAUGCGCCAGCAGCAGGGGCAGCUGCAGAAGCGGCUGCGGGAGGAGACAGAGCAGAAGAGGCGGCUGGAGACGGAGAUGCAUAAGAGGCAACACCGAGUCAAGGAGCUGGAGCUCAAGCAUGAACAGCAGCAAAAGAUACUGAAGAUCAAGACCGAAGAGAUUGCAGCCUUCCAGAGGAAAAGGAGGAGUGGCAGCAACGGCUCCGUGGUCAGUCUGGAGCAGCAGCAGAAGAUUGAGGAACAAAAAAAAUGGCUGGACCUGGAAAUGGAGAAGGUCCUGGAGCAGCGGAGGGCUCUGGAAGAGCUGGGGGAGGAACUGCGCAAGCGGGAGACUAUUCUGGCUAAGAAGGAAGCUCUGAUGCUGGAGAAAACUGGACUGGAGAGCAAGAGACUUCGGUCUAGUCAGGCACUCAAUGAGGACAUUGUGCGAGUAUCAAGUCGAUUAGAGCAUUUGGAAAAAGAACUGUCUGAAAAAAGUGGGCAGCUCCGGCAGGGCAGUGCUCAUAGCCAGCAACAAAUACGUGUAGAGAUUGACAAUCUGCGACAAGAAAAGGACCUGCUUCUUAAACAGCGAUUGGAGAUUGAUAGUAAACUGAGGCAGGGUACCCUGCUAUCCCCAGAGGAGGAAAGGACUCUAUUCCAGUUGGAUGAGGCUAUUGAAGCUCUGGAUGCAGCCAUUGAAUAUAAGAAUGAGGCCAUCACAUGUCGUCAACGGGUACUACGAGCCUCCGCCACCAUGUUGUCUCAAUGUGAGAUGAACCUCAUGGCCAAACUUAGCUACCUUUCUUCCUCAGAGACCCGGGCUUUGCUGUGCAAGUAUUUUGACAAGGUGGUAACACUUCGGGAAGAACAGCACCAGCAGCAAAUAGCCUUCUCAGAACUUGAAAUGCAAUUAGAGGAACAGCAGAGAUUAGUGUACUGGCUGGAAGUAGCAGUGGAACGGCAACGACUAGAGAUGGACCGCCAGCUAACCCUGCAGCAGAAAGAGCAUGAGCAAAAUAUCCAACUUUUGCUUCAGCAGAGCCGAGAGCACCUGGGUGAAGGACUUGCAGGCAGUAAGAGGCAAUAUGAAAAUAGGAUCCAAGCUUUGGAGAAAGAACUAGGCCGGUACAUGUGGACAAAUCAGGAAUUGAAGCAGAGGCUUACUAACUUGAAUUCCACAGGACAGAGCAAAGGAGGGGAAAAGCGGACCAUGUGCAUUGAGAACAGACCAUUCUUUGCAGCUGGACUGGAAGAAGAGACUGGCAUAACUUCUGAACAGCUCUGGCAGGCAUCACUUGGGGAGGGAACUCCGAAGGUCAGGGAAGACUUUCGAGACUUAGUGCAUGCACCAUUACCCUUGACAUGGAAACGCUCAUCCCAGUCUAGUGAUGAGCAGGGCUGUCUAGAGGAGCUCAGGCAGCGAGAAGUAGCUGAGCCUCUACUUGGAAGGAUGCUGCCUAUGGGCGAAUCACUUCUGCCUCGGAGCUUGGGCCCUUUGCCCAAGUCAAGACGAGAGUUACGAAGAGUCAGUCAAGGGAUGAUUGAUGUUAGGAAAAACCCAAUAUAGAUAGAAAUCUCAAGGCCUGCCUUAGAGGCCAAGCUCUAUCUGGCUGUGAAUGGUGUUGCCCCAAUGGACAGAACUAUGCUAUUUAAUGAUUAGUAUAUUUGUGGUUUACUCCUAAUGCUCAAAGACAUAUCUACUGGAAGCUGAUACCAGCCUGUGUGAUCUCAGUGAUCUACAAUACAUGCAGCCAGGAUUGAGGAUCUUGUAAAUGCAUUUUAAAAGUAUGUUUAUUGUCAUUUUGUAAUAAAUAAACUUUAAGGUGAGUUUUAAGAACCAA